AUGGCGCCAAUGAUGCUCAAGACUAUCACCUCGCUCGCUCUCGUCGCCGCUUUGGCCAUCUCCCAAGUCGCGGCCCAGGACACCCAGCAAGCCGGCACCCAAUCCACGGGCUCGGGCCCCACCGUCGAGGCCUACGACGCCGAUAUCGGCGACAACACCAAGUGGUACCCCGGCGGGUGGGGUUACUGGGGCUAUCCCAGAUACUACGGAUGGGGCUAUGGUCGCCGCAUCUGGUGGUAG